AUGUCUGAAUCAUCUCAAGCCUCUGACCCUUACGCUCUUCUAGGCAUAGUAAGGAAUCCAGAUGGCACCAUCACUUUCGACCGAACGAAAUUCCCCCGCGUCCCACCCACACCUGACGCCGUUGUAUCCAAAGACUUUAGGGUGAACUACUCAAAGUCAACAUAUAUGCGUCUCUACGUCCCCACUACCGCACUAAACGGCGGUGUUUCGUCCAUGAAACUCCCUCUCGUUGUCUACUUCCACGGUGGAGGAUUCAUCAACGACAGCUAUGACCACGAACCAGUCCACCACUUCUGCAACCUUAUGGCGCUUAAGCUCAACGUGGUCGUCGCGUCAGCUUCGUACCGGCAAGCUCCCCAGUUUAAACUCCCGGCGGCGUACGAUGACGGAUUGUAUGCUCUGAAAUGGAUUAAAAACUCACCCGACAAGGGGUGGAUCAAAUCUUACGCAGAUCUUUCUGAUGUGUUCCUCAUGGGGACAAACUCCGGUGGUAACGUGGCUUACAACGUUGGAAUUAGAUUCACCGAAGAAGAUCUAACUCCAUUAUGUAUCCGUGGAUUGAUCUUACUCGAUCCCUUCUUCGGCGGUGAAGAGCGGUGCGAGUCUGAGCUCAGACACGUGAACGAUCAGGUUUUUCCGCCUGCUCUCACAGACCUUUGCUGGAAGCUUUGUCUCCCUGAUGGAGCUGACCGAGAUCACGAGUAUUCGAAUCCGAGAAUGGGAGAGGGACCGGAGAUAAUGCAGGAAAUGGCAGGGUUUAGAUGGAAGGUGAUGGUUACUGGAGAAGGAGGAGGUGCGAUGAUAGAUAGGCAGAGAGAUGUGGCGAAUUUGAUGAAGGAGAACGGAGUUUAUGUGAUUGAGCAUUUUACCGACGGCGAUGGUCACGGUGGUGAUCCUAACAAGACUGAGACUAUGUUUGCUUCCAUAAAAAGUCUCAUUUACUCUUCUCCACCAGUAGGGUUUGUUUUUUAA